UUGCAGGAGGUCUCUGCAACGCUCGGCUGCAAUGAUGCCAUUUGACACAGCAGAGAAGAAGGUUACAGGUGGGGCGUGGUUUGCUAUCUCACUGAAUUAUCUCCCAACAGGCUCUAACAAACACCACAAAGACGCGUUUCGCAAACAUUGUCAUCUGCAACACAAAAAUGGACCAAAAGUGGAUUCGUGUGCUGGUGAUUCUGCUGAUUUGUCGACAAAUGACUUCAGGAGCCGGUGAAGACGUAACUGUAAAGGAAGGGCAGCAGAUUGAUAUCAAUUGUAAGCCUGAAGCAAUGGGCACCAUGGUCAUCUGGUUUCGAGUUCUCGACACAUCUAGUGUGGAAUUCAUCGCAUCUUUCAGCAGCACUGGCGUCCUAAAGUCAUCCUCCACGUCCUUCUCUUCCACCUUCAGUGUCUCACAGAGCAAGCAAUAUACCCUCACACUGAAGGCGUUUAACAAAGCUAAAGACAGUGGCGUUUACAACUGUGGGUCUCUCUACAGAGGUAAUGAGCUGAAGUUUGGCAAAGCAACCCGACUGGUUGGAGAGAUAGUCAAAGUCCCAGUAGCACCACCACAGGCCACCACCACCCAACAAAAUCUAUGCACAACCGCCACGCCGUGUGUUUGUAGCAACACUAACAAGCCAGGUAAAUGUUCACAGUCACAUCUGUGUGGAGUCCUUUUUAUCUGCAUGUGUAUGACGCUGGUGGUAAAAGAGCACAUGCUUUGCAGGGGAAACCAGUCCUCAACUAUUUUGUUCUCUCAUCAUACUGGGCCCUCUGGCCGGCGGCUGCGGCCUUCUUCUUCUACUCCUCAUCGCCACCACCAUCUACUGCAACCAAAUAAGGACUCGGAGAUGCCCACACCAUUACAAAAGAAAACCACGGGUGGUGGCUCCUGGAAAACCAAAGAUGAACAACAGACACGUUUAAUCUAAAUAUGGUGCAGUUUAACAGACAUUGCUUUCAAUGACAAAUUCAUUACUGUCUCAUGUUGCUGUUGCAGAAAUAAUUUUUCAUCUUAUUCAGAUUAAUCACAUUUAUGGUGAAUAUUUUGCUGCCACCUUAAGUUUUCAUUGUUUGUGAUAGACAGUGAGAAGUGUUGAAAAAUCAUCGUCAGUGGCAGCGUUACCACAUUCUGAUUGAACUCUUUUGAUGAUCUUGAUAUGAAAUAUGGAUUUAUCCAGUCCCCUGAAUGUUUAUAACAGAACCCACUAAAGACCUGAGAAUAAAAUAUUAGAAAUAAGCACAAUUUAUGUUUAUGUUGACAUUUUUGCAAAAAGUGUAUAUAAUUAAUUUUGGUUUUUUGUACAGAGCCAAAGCCAAUGUUAAACUGUUUAUGUUUUUCCAGCAGUCUCCGUAUAUUAUUUUUUUUACCUUAAUGAUUGUACUGCCCUUUAUUUUUGUUAUGUUAACAUUUUCAAACAAAAACUUAAUUUGUCUUUAGCUUGAAAAAAAAUCCCAGUAACAAAAAACAAUAAAAGUAAUACAUUUCUCUCUAUCCAGCAAGAUAAUUAGAUUUUUUUUAAAUUUUAUUUUAAUUUCUAUAUUGUUAAGCUUUGAUUAUUUUUUUUCCUUAAAAGUAACAUUUCUCAUUAUGCAAAUUUCUACGGUUGCAAAGGAAUGAGGAACAAUUUUUUUUUUUGUAAAAUUGAAGGUACAUUUUUGUAGAAUUCUCCCACUGCUUGAGUUUUUGUAACUUGAAAUGUUGUUUAAAAAAAAAAAACUAAAAUAAAAUAGAUUACCACUCAAAAAACAAUGGAUUUUAUUUGUCUUUAUUCUUGUUUCAUAUUUUUUUCUUCUUUUUCUUUGGCACAUCAAACCCACUCAUUUGCAUCCCCAUCAGUCAUUCAGGGUUUUGGUACAGAAACAUAAAGUUUGACAUGAAGCUCAAGCGAGAGAUAUUUGUUUCGUUGUAAGCCCCCUCGAGUCAAAAGGAAGUGGGCUGCUACAACUGUACGCAGAGUGAAAAACAACGAAGCUGGGAGUAGAGACAGAAAUUUUCAGAGGAGAUUCUGUUCCCUGUUGAGUUUAAUACGCACACGCACGCACACACACACACACACACACACACACACACACACGUACGUCCCUUACACCUUUAAGAAAACAGUGUUUAUUCAUUUCCUGGAUGUAUUUUUUAACCUUUUCCCCACAUAUUACGGCAGUUCAUGUUAGUUUUCGUUUCUCAUUUUGGCACAAAUUGUACAAACCAGACUCAUACCGCAACUACACCAUUGAAAUUUUUAGAUUUUUUUUAUUUAAUUAGUAUUCCCACAUCUAAAACACCUCUCAUAUCUUUUGACUCACACCCACACAAACCUUUGACAUGGAAAACAAACACUUGGGGACAGUAUAUUGAUUUUUAACUUUACAGCUAAAAGCCCUUUGUAAAUUAUACAGUGUUGUUUUAUAUAGAGCAAAAAUCUUUUUUUUUUAUUUUUUUUAUUUUCAUUUUUUACAGUAUACAAACAAGGGGGGUUGACAAAGCUUGUAACCUCCUCGGUUCACUAAGUGCACUUGUGGACACCAGCAUUUUUUUUUUCUCUACAAAGCCAAA